AUGUCACGAGAGGACGCAUCACCUUUACACCUUCCAACUCCAUUCAGCUGCGCACAGUUGAGUAUCCCAUUGGAUCAACACGUCACUCGUGGGAGUAAUCCAGCGUUUUCUGUGAACCGGAUCCAACACACGACGACAAACAAUCCUCAUAAAAAGAGUGGAGGAGGUCCGACUUACAGCCUCCUGGUCCUCUCGGUUUUGGUUCGGAGCAGAUGUGGCUUCGCUCAUGGGCUCACGCCAACCACCACCGCAAUAUGGGUAGGCUUUUCAAACAGAGCCUUUGGUUCAGGACCACAAUCGUCCUAUCUAUACCUCGGCGUCCUGACAGCGUACCAACCCACAACCGUGUGCUUUCUGGAGAGCUGGCGACAGAUCCCACCUGGUCGCCACCACAACUCCACCCGGCGCAUCAUCCGACGCCAGGUGAAACUGAGUGUCCGCGCAGACCGAGAAGCUUGGUGGACCCGAAAGGUCGAAGAAAUGGAAGAUGCAAAGAAUGCUGGAAACGUGCGCAAAUUGUUCCAGUUGAUUCGUUCGACUGGUCCUCGGAAACCUCUUGUCAGUGAAACAAUCAGGGACCAAAAUGGCUCCCUGAUAUGCAGCAAAGCAGAACUGGGAAACCUCAAGGAAGAAGACAAAGGACACCAGAUGAAGAUCGGUUACGUUGCAGAUGAACCAAUGGAGGAAAGAGCGAUGCAGCUCACUCGGUUAUCACUUCGGUUCUUGUCAGCAUCGUGCGUGCCCAAGCAGGGCAGUUCCAUUCAUAAACUUCAGCAAAUCUCAUUAGCUCAAGAGUAUCGAGCUGAUCUGACUAGAAAACUAGUUGCUGCCGCAAAGGCCAUACCAGCAACUAGCGACUGUGAUGACGCACGCAGAUCCUUCUGA